AAUAUAUGCUAAUGCAAACGCUCUCUAUCUCACAUUCUUUACUCUCACCACUCAUACGUUUAUGCUCUUAAAAGUUUCAUUUCUCCAAUGGCGUCCUCGAUCACUUCCUUCGAUCAUCACCUUCCCAUGAGCAAGAGACGAUUAAAGUCACUGAGUCUGAGAGAUUACCUUCUUGAUGAUCUCAGCUCUUGCUCAUCCAACGGCUUCAAAUCCCUCCCUCGUCUCCUCGAAGCCGACAUCAAACGGUCCGGAAUACUCCACCGCAAACGGUGUUCUAACUGCGGGCUGGCGUUUAGCCACGCCGUUAAGAAAGCUUCCACGGCGUUACUCAGCGCCGUUAAACUCUUGCCGUUCCCUUCCUCCUCCGUUAAAACUCCUUCUCCCUCUCGGAAGAAAGGGAUGUUCUCGAGGAGCUUCUCUAGAAACCUCUGGAAGAAACUUUCCUACCGUGAAGUUAAUAACGUCGACGACAGAGAGAUUGAGGGACGUGAACAGAAGAUCCAACGAGGGAGAUCAUUGACAUUCGGUGAGUUUCUGAAAGAGAGUCUAGACCAACCGUCCAAUGCAUCAUUUUCCGGUGAAGCGACGUUGUCAAACUCCACCGGCUGUGACUCGACGAGCGUUGGCAGCGAGUUGUUCACGAACUCGGAGGUGACUCAGUCGAGUGGCGAAUCUGAGACGUCGAAGCAAAACGACGCCGUGGGAGAUGGCAUGGAGGAGACAAGAAACAGAGUAGUAGUUAUGAUGAGUGGGGAUUGUGUAGGGUCACUCGUCAGUGACAGAUCGUCUGUCAACGACAACAGAGAGGAAUGCGUGAACGAAGAGAAAGAACAACUCAGUCCGAUAUCUAUCUUGGAAUGCACAUUCCAAGAUGAUGUAGUAACUCCUCAUUCGCAUCAAAAAGUAUUUACAGAAACCCAUGGGAAGAAGCUAUUGAGGAAGAGUCGAAGAUUUGAGACUUUGGUACGACUUGUGCCUGUGGAUUUAGAGAAACGUAUAGAGCAAUAUGUUGAAAGACAGGAUUAUGACUCUCAUCCCAUGGUCCAAACCGAAGAAAAUCAAUCCGAAAACCGAGCAACCCGUUUGUUUGCUCUACUGAAGUCUAGAUUGACUGAGGAACCGAGCCAGUUACUGGCGUCUCAGAAAGUAGACAGUCUUUUGCUAGAUUUUUUCAGAGAAGACGGGAAUACUGACACAAGAGACGAGCAUAAGUUAGUGAAGAUUGUUGAGGAAUGGCUGAUGAGGAGACAAGAAGAAGAGUAUAUGUUUAUGAGUUGGGAAGUGGAAGAGAAGAGAGAGAUUUAUGUGAAGGAAAUGAAAUGGGGUUUUAUCAAUGGUGAUGAGCAAGACUAUGUAGUUGAAGAGUUGGGGAAUGGUUUUGUUACUUCCUUGAUUGAUGAACUUAUUCUUGAUUUAUCACUAUGAGAAUAAGAUUUUUUGUCACAUGUUUGUUGCCGUUCACUAGAGUCUAUAUUUAAAAUUUAUGUCAAUAUGUAUUCAGUGGCGACGCUAGAUUUUGACUUGACAUGGAUCAUAAUUAUUUAGGAUUGGUUAAAAAGAUAUACAAUUGAGAUUUGAACUUAAGACAUGUGGGUCAAAAGAAGAGGUUUUGACCAAUUCACAAC